AGUCUGGGCACGCGGUUGCACCGAGUCAGAGCUCGUAAAUUCGAACAUCGCGCAUACGUACCUAAGAUGGCGCGCAUCAUUUUGGCGCUCAUCUGCUGUACCGUGGGACACUCCCUGCAGCGCGCCACCAGCCGCCGCGCGCUAGCGGCGCCAAAAACUGCGCUGCAACAUGUGCCAAGUUCGCGCGGCCUAAUCACGACGCACGCGGUGUCGUGCCCCGAAGCGGACGCGCUCCUGGCCCAGGCGAAGCACCUGCGCGACCAGGCCGAGAUCCAGGAGAGGCAACUCAACGCGCUCAAGGAUGAGGCCAAGCCGCAGGCCGUCGAAGGCAAAAACAACAUCCUGCCGCUCGAGCGGCUGAAGGCGUGGCGCACGCGCCUCUCCUUCGAGGGCAACAAGGUCGUAUCAGCAGCCUGGACGAAGUUCCAGGAGGGCGGUAAAGCGGAGGUCGACGGCGCCGAGGCCGGCUGGAAGAUGUACGAGGACGCGCACACGGCGCCCACCGGCGCGAAGGUCCUCGAGUGCUGGUUCACCCAGGGCGAGAAGACGUAUCGGUUGACGACCAAGGCCACGCCCCGCGCCGAGGUCGAAAAACUACUGAAAGUUGAGCAGGACGCCUUCGAGCUCAUAGAGCGGCUGAGCCAGAAGCUCGCCGACGCCGAGCGGAGGCUGGCCGACGCCAAGGGUCCCCUGGACAUGAUCCCGCGGGCGUUGGCGCGGUCGAUGGCCAUGGACGAGCUAGACAUGGCCUACGUGGUCCAAAAGUCCUGCGUGGCUCAGGCCGAGCCCGUGCGCGCGGGCCACUUCGUGGAUCUGGACGGGCGAUCAUUCUUCAUCUCGAACCGCGGCGAGGUCGAAAGCGAAGGUGAGCGGGGCACGUUCGCGGCGUACGUGACGAACUGACUGUCCCCCCCUUCCCUGUCCGAAGUGUGUGUCCAUAUUGUGUUCAAGUUCAUAAGAAUGUGUUCACAA